ACUUCCCUUCGCUAAAAUCAAAGAUGGCGUUCUUUGGGAAGGCUUUACGGUGUUGUAUCAAGUUUUUUCAGUGGAUCCCAGUAGUUUUCAUCAAUUCAGUCAUCGUCUGGUCGUACUAUGCAUAUGUAUUUGUAUUAUGUUUUGAAAACGUCAAUUCCAACAUUGAGAGAACUAUUUACCUGGUCUGUUACCACCCUUUCUUUGUAAUGCUGAUGAUUUCGUACUGGAGAACAAUAAUGACAGAACUCAAACCUGUUCCUGGUCAGUUUGUACUUUCUCGAGAAGACAAAGAAAAAAUUGAAAACGGGGAAAAUGCUAAAGAAAUAUUGGAAAGAAUAUCAAACAAUCUCCCAACUUGUACUAGGACUGUCUCAGGAGCUGUUCGUUAUUGUGAUAUCUGUAACCAGAUUAAACCAGAUCGAUGUCAUCACUGUUCAAUGUGUAGAAAGUGUGUACUUAAAAUGGACCAUCACUGCCCUUGGGUUAAUAAUUGCGUGUGYUUUUAUAACUACAAAUUCUUCAUCUUGUUCCUGUUCUAUGCAAUCCUUUAUACAUUAUAUAUAACUGCCACAGUUACAAAGUACUUUGUUGCCUUUUGGAGGAAUACACUUGAAGGUGAAGGAAAACUGCAUAUAUUAUUUCUAUUCUUUGUGGCUGURAUGUUCUGCAUCAGUUUGUGGUCAUUGUUUGGCUACCAUAUUUAUCUUACAGCAACAAAUAAAACAACAUUAGAAUCCUUUAGAGUUCCACAUUUUAUCAAUGGUCCAGAUAAAAAGGGCUUCAAUCUGGGAGCGACAAUGAAGAAUGCUGAACAAGUAUUUGGAGUAAAUAGGUUGUUAUGGUGUGUUCCAGUUUUUACAAGCCUUGGUGAUGGAAUUCGAUAUCCUCUCAACCAUCUUCCAGAAGCAGAUUCGUUGCUAGGUAACCGAUGGAUGGAGGAAGGUGGUUACCAGGACCGUGAUGACAAUGAAGAGAAAUUAAUGAGAAAUGUAGAUAGUGUACACRGUUCAUCUGAAGUCAGUGAAGUCAAUGAAUUGGAUCCUACAGUAUCAGUAAACACACGACCCGAUGUAUUGGCCAUUAAUGUUGCACCAUCUCAAGACGAUGACGACACAACGCUAUAGUAUUUUGUAUGAAAAAGAAUUUUUUGUAUAUUUUUUUGUAAUUUUAGUUAUAAUUUUGUUUUCAAUUAUUAUUAUUUUUGUAAUAAUAAUCGUUGAAUGGCAUUGCUAAAAUGUCUUCACAUAAAGAGAUUUGCAGUCAGAAAUCAUAUGGCACAGUUCCGAGAUGAAAAAUGUACARAGGAUCGUAACUCUAUUAAGUCUAAUCAGUGUAUAAGACACRUUUUCCAAAAUAUUGUUCUCACUAACCUACAUUUCAAUAUUCACUUGAUAAGUUGGCUUGCUUCUUAUUGAUCGGAAUAUUUUAAAGAUAUAUAUCGACUUUUUUGCAUGCUUUGGAUUUCAUAUUGCAAGUCACAAUCCCCACUGCUUGAUAAUGUAAUGUACUAUAGAAAUGAAGCUAAAAAAAUGACGGGGUUGGGAAUUAUUAGAUAAUGGUAAUAAGAUUAGACGAUUUCAUGAGGACAUGGAAUUGGAGUGAUCGCACUUAAACCGUGAAACUGUACAAACUAAAUAGUGCCAUUUAGUUGCAUUUAGUAAAUCGUGCACGAUAAUAAAUGGUUGUAAAAUAAAGACUUAACGCAUUUGUAGUUUAUCAAAAUAAAGACACAUGAAGCAUUUCUAGUCAACUAAAAGACACAGGACGCUUUUCCAGUGAAUUCGGAUGCAAAAUUAAAUUGAUACAAAUGAAGCAUUCAAUACCGUAAGAUGUACUUCUGAUACCGUACAAUUCGAUUUUGUACAGUUGCACGGUUUAAGUGCGAUCACUCUGAUAGCGCGGUUCAUAAUAAAACCUUUAAUUGCCCUAUUUCAUUUUGACGUAACAGUAUAUAAACAUCGGGGAAAGAUGCUCAAAAAGUGGAAAUUGGAAUGCAUUUAGAGAGUAGAACUUCAUUGUAUCGCGUUUUGAUAUACGCCAUGUAUCAAAGAUUGUUCAUGUACAUUUUAUUUGACAUGCAGUCACUCUGAUCCCGUCUGGCGACCAUAAUCCUGUGAUACCAUAAUGAAAUAGGGCAAUUGUUUAUKUUGCUGAAAACACACUCGAUCGGACGUUUUAGUGUAUGUAAAAUCAUUUGCAAAACGUUGGAUCUCACGUGUACAUAGCUGAGUAUAGUUGGACAACGAGUUUUUGACAAUGUCCACGAUGAAAUAUACAUAAUAUAUAAAUAUUGCAAUAGUUAUUAUUAUAAUAGCCUAAUAAUGGUUCACAAUUGAUUGUUAAAUAAGUACACUAAAUAAAUAACCUAAAUAAUCUUGCUUAUCACGAAGAUUUUUUUCAAUAACAACUUAGACUUAAUUACCAAGUACCAAAGAAAAAUUGCCGUAUUUAAUUCGGGUGUUAACCAUUGUAAUAACAACUGAGCACUGAACCAUGARAAAAGACAGGAAGAGGAAAGGUUUCUUCUGAACAUAUAAA